AUGCCAGCCGCGGCUGAGCGCGACGAGAGUGGUGCUUCGGGGCUCCAAGAAACGAUGGAGGUGGCUACCAUGGUCGCUGCAGGUCUUGGGCUGGGUGACACAGCCCUCAAACAUCUUCCUCAGGACCGUCCUAUGUCCCCUGCUGCAGAGGAUGCGACGCGCGAGCUCGCCUCGCAGUCACACAGUAUCCCGGCCACGCCUGAGAUGGCGCAGGAGCAGGAGAUCUCGCCGAUGCCACGCCGGCUAUCCAUGCGCGUUGUUCCUACCGAUUCGCCUACUCCCGUGUCUCCCAGCUCCCCAAACCAGCCACGCCAUCGUCGACUCAACUCAACAGAGUUCCGCAACUCGCGUGAAUUCCGUCCCCUGUGGCUCGUCGAGCGUCACGGCUCAGCAAAGGCAGAGCCCGACCUCGAAGAGCCCCUGCCUUCCCUCCCAUCAAGCAAGAGCUCUUCGCGCGCCCCAUCAGUCGAAGACCUCCGAUCCCUCAAUGAACAGGACGAUGUGAGAAGCUGGGAGCCCUUCGACAUGGGCCAAUCGAUUAUGGACCGCCGCCGUCUGGCCGGCCUGGCCAUCUCAACCGACACCGCCAAUCAGGCCCAUGACGCAGUCGACCCCGAUCUGCUUGAUUCGCAGCAGACCACACCGACGGCGAUGAGUUUCGGAGAAGCUGCCGUUGCGGUGUCUGCGAAGGAGAAACCCAAGUAUGAGUUCCAUUCUCCGUCUGAGCUUUUGCAAGACCCGAGCGUGCUUGAUGAAUUGCCUCCCUCACCUACUCUGGAAGCCCUUCCUUCGGCUGAGGGAUCAAUGGUUGGUACUGGUACCAGAGAUAUGGCUGAGUCGGAAGAGAGCAGUGUUGGGCACAAAUCACUUCCUGGUAUUGAUUUAGGCAAGGCAGCUGGGUUUGGCGACAUUGUUGAUGCGGCUGUUCUGGCCGCUGUGAAGGGGCACGAGAAGCCGGUCUCUCCCUCCCACGACAAAGACAGUACCGAGUCUGCUGCACUACCCAAGGAGACUUCUCCUCAAGCCCACGAGAUCCAUGGUUUUGGAAAUAUCGUCGACGCAGCAGUUAUGUCCAAAGCCGCUCGCCAUGGUCAAGAAUUCAUCGACGAAUCCCUAGGCGAGCUAGGGACUGCGAUUGAAGAGCCCAUGCCCGCCGAGCGGGAGCUUGUAUCUGCAUCCGCUCCGGUUGCCGAAACAGCUGCUGACGAAGUUGUCACGACGCAGUCCUCAAAGAAGAAAAAGAAGAAGAAGGGCAAGAAGAAUCAAACCAGCCAGAGCGUUGAUUGGACCCCUUCGGAAUCUGUACCCGGGGCAGAGGGACCGGCCCCAGUCGUGGAAGCGGCAGAGCCCGAAUCCUGGGAAAUCGAGACUCAACCUGCACUCUCUUACGACAAGGAGGAGGCUCUUGCUUUUAAACCCGAAUCCGAGUCCACUGAUACAUCCAGAGACCUUGAUUCCUUUGCUCUGGAGAGUAUGCCCGCCGAAGCUGCGGAACCAGUUCCUGUCACUGAACUUGAGACUGCACCGGAACCUGCUGUGACUACACCUGUUGAACCGGUGGAGCAGCCUGAGGAUACUGCUGGUCUGUCGAAGAAAGCCAAGCGGGAGAAGAAGAAACAGAAGAAAAAGGCGAAGAGCAUUUCCGUUGCAGAGCAUUCGGGGGAUACUCCUGUUUCGAAGGAGGACGAAGACCUGCAACAGGAGAAGGGCAUGGAAAUUCCUCCGGAUGGUCCACGGGAUGAGAUCGUCACUGAGUCCGUUGUUCAUGCAGCGCAGGAUCCAGUUCCUUCCGGCGAGCCUGCAUUGACUGAGGCAGUUAUGCCCGAGACACGCGAGUUCGACUAUACUGGGGCACCUUUCGUGGAAUCUGACAGCACUCCGGAGCCUGAACAAAAACCGGAUACCACCAUCUCCGCACCUUCUCUUGACGACAACACCGCUCCGGCUGACAAAGGAGAUAUCGAGACCGAAGAUGAUGACUUCCACGAAGCUUUCGAGGAGCAACCCUUCCCGGUUGCGCAAACACGAGAGCUUGCACCAGGAGCGUCCACCGAUGCGAGCACGGAGACUCCGACCGAACCGCAGGAGGAGGGUUGGGAGAUGCAGCCCCAAAGGAAAAGCAAGAAGGACAAGAAAAAGCGCAAAUCUGUCACUUUUGAAGAUACAGAUAUCCCGUCCGAGCCUACUCUUGCUCCCGAACCCGAGCCCGAACCAACGAUAAAGGAACUGAAGCCUGAGGAGUCGGUUCCUGCUGAGCCUGCGGAACCAUCUCCAACUGGCGGUGAGGAGGCACUUGCUGAUGUUGAUCCAUCCGUCACGGAUAUCACGUCAACAUCUGAAACUGCUGCAGAUGAGCCUGUUCCCGUCUCAGAACCGGACUCUGCAGACCGCGCUGUUGCGGAAGAAGCGGUGCCCUCCACAGAGCCGGUUCAGCGCAGCGACGAAGCUUCUCGAGAUGUCUUUGAGCAGCCUGCACCUCACGAGCAACCUGAAUUGGGGGCUGAGGCUGAGGUCGAGGCCGAAGCACCCAUGACCGCGGCACAGAAGAAGAAGGCCAAGAAAGAGAAACAAAAGAAGAAAAAGCAACAAAGUGUCUCUUCUAUUCCUGACGAGGAUAAGCCUACUGAACCCCAACCUGCCGAGCAGCUCGCCGACGAUGUUACUUCUGCUGCACCCGAUGCCGAAGCUGAGGCUAUCGAUAGCUCCAAGGACGUACCCCCAACAGCUGAAGAUGUCUCUGUUGAGGUACCUCUUGAAGAAGCCAAGAACGAGGAGUCUCUGGAGCCUGAGCAACCGAAGGAAGACGAUACACCGUCCAGCGUUCUUCCGGAAUCUGUUGCAGAGGUGGCAGAGGCUGAUAUUUCAGGCGAACAACCUCAAGAGCCCCAGACAAAGCCUGCAGAGUCCGAAGAUCCUGCUCCCGAGCCUGAAGUUUUCAUGACAGCAUCUCAGAAGAAGAAGGCCAAGAAGGCGAAAAAGAAGCAGCAACAGCAACAGCAAAGUAUUAGCUCAAUUACUGACAAUGAGAAGUCUGAUGAAGUUGUCCCCGGCCCUGAUACCGAAGCUACAAACACCAGCAAGCUGCCUUCUGCAGCUGAUCCCGAGGCUGAGGUCCCUGAUCCGGAGUCUGCCGAGACUCCUGAGACCAGUGAAGAUGCUGCGCCUUCAACUGAGAUUGAGACACCGGCUACGGGAGAUGAGCAAGCUGCUGAGACCGCGGAUGCAUCUCCUACGUCCGACAAGACAGCCAUUCCAGCGGAGGCGUCACCUGAAGAACAACAGGACCAGCCAUCUGUUGAAACCGAUCAGCAAAAGGACGAAGAACUCUCUAUCACGGAAAUUCCAGCCACGGAUGCUUCAAUUGCUCCGACAGAACCGGAACCUGUCCAGGAAGAACCCGAGGCCCCGCCACCAGAACCUGCGGUGCCUUUGACUGCAGCUCAGAAGAAGAAAGCCAAGAAAGAGAAGAAGAAACAGCAACAGCAGCAAAAACGGCAGUCAACGCAGCUGGAUGAGCAGACUGCACCCGAACCCGAGCCUGCUUCAAUUGAAGAAAAUAACGCUGAGACUGAGUCUAUGGCAUCCACUAAGGCGCAGUCUUCUCUAUUCGACGAGGCAAAGGCGACGGAGGAGAUGGCCGCAACCGAGUCGACACCUGUGGAGACAGACCGUGAACUCGACCUGAACGAGCAGCCGCAGGAUAUCAUCAACCCCACCGAAGAAGUUAUUCCAGAGGCUCCCGUGGAAGAAUCAGCACUUGAUGUGCCCGGAACGUCCGAACAAGGUACGGAUGCUCAGGAUCUGAGCGAAGACAAGACCCUGGCACCAGUCGCAGAUUAUGCUCUUGCUUCAACAGAAACCGGCCAAGAAGAGCCUGCGGGCGAUACGGUGACUACCAAGGAAUCUACCUUGGAGACAUCCGCUGAGGCCAUGGCUCCGGAUGACAAGGCGAUAUCUGAUCAACCCGCAGAGGAUGCAACCACGCCCGCAGACGCCGUUCAAGACCAACCUACAGAAGAAGUGACUACUGCACCACCUGAGCCAUCGGAAAAUGCAGUCCCAGAACAGAUUGAAGAGUCGCAACCUGUCUCAUCUGCCAAAUCCAAGAAGCAGAGGAAAAAGGAUAAGAAGAAGCGUCAAUCACUUUCUCUGGAUGAUGAGCCGCAACCUGCUCCUGUUGAGGAAGAAAAGCCCACUGAGCCUGCUUCCACUGAAACCACAGAAGAGCCCGCAUCCAUUGACAAGGAGGAGUCUCUUGCCGAACCCGAGGUUGCCAAUCCCCCGGAGGAAGUUUUUGCUCCGCCUCAGGAAGACCAGCAAUCUGAAGAGACAUCGACUGAGCCCGGCACACAGCAGGAUACCACUCCCGAAGAACCUGCAGCCGAACUUGAUGAGGCAGACUUCCAGCCUUCGGUCUCCAAGAAACAGAAGAAGAAAGACAAGAAGAAGCGCAAGUCUGUUGCUUGGGAUGACGAGGCCAUUGCCGCACAGUUUGAGCAGCCUCCACCGGAACAAGUUCCAUCCGCCGCUGUUGAGAGUGCCCAGUCGGAGGAAGCAAAGGCUGUCGAAGAAACUUCUGAUCAGCAGACAGAGGCAACACCAACAGAGAGCACGGAGGUAACCGAGCUCGUCGCAGACAAAGAGAUCACCGAGGAGGUUGAGCCCACUCUACAAGAACAAGAAUCCAAGGGAGACGAGGUUCUUCAAACGUUCACAGAGUUAACUGAAAGCGCUGAAACCCUCCCAGAGGUAACUUCUCCCGAAGAGCCUCUUCAACUUGCAACCAGCCCAGCCACGGAACCUGACACCGCUGUGUCCACUGACGCCUCAAAGGAUGUGGAGGCAACUGAAGCAGAAAGCGCACCAAGAGACUCCGCUGAGAGAGAUGACCAGCCGGAAGAUGCUGCCGAUUCCUUGACCCCGCCUGAUCAACAAUCACAGACUCCAGACGAGGCGGAGUCCCAAGCUGCUUCAGCGACCGAACCGAAAGAAGAAGUCGCCUUAUCUGCCAAGGAGCGCCGCAAGUUGAAGAAAAAGGAAAAGAAGAAGGGGAAAUCCGUGGACUUGAGUGCUGAAGAACCUGCUGCCCCGGAACCGACGCAGGAACAACAAGAGACUCUCGACACUCAGGAUGGUUCGUUGAAGACUGUCGAGCCUGAGAGCGUUGAGGCAACAUAUCUUGAAGCAACAGCAGCAGAUAAUGCGAAGGCUGUCGAUGCAGAGGCUGAUGCGGAGGUGGAGGCUCCUGCUGAGAAAACCGUUGCCAAUGAGCAACCCAUUGUUCAGGAGGUUUUCCAACCCCAGCAGCUGGAGACAAAGGAAAUCGACACCGAUGCAGCUGCCGACGAAGAAGCUGCACAGCCUGAGCCGGAAGCAGCUGAAACUCCAGAAACGUCCGAGACCAAGGAAACGGACGUUGAAACGCCAGCUGGUGAGACGGUGACCGAGCCGGAGCCAUCUCCUUUGAAUGAAGUGGAGCAGUCCGCUCCUCAGAUCACCACGGAGCCUGAGGAAGAGGUGGGAAUGUCAGCUAAAGAACGUCGCAAGGCAAAGAAGAAGGACAAGAAGCGACGAUCCAAGAUUCUCGAUGCCGACAACGCAGCUUCCGAUGCUCCCUCUGACGAACCGACCCCGGGACCGAGCGUUCCCGCCGACAAAAUACCCGAAGACGCUGCAGAAACUUCUCCUCUCGGUGAGACGGACACCAUGGAAACCUCUGCACCCGUGACGGCCCCCUCGCCAGCGGAAGAUGACGACGGUAAAGAGCAACAGUCCCACGACAUAGACACGCACGACGCGCCGGCAAAUGAUGUGGCUUCGACUGAUGAGUUAGUGUUUUCGCAGGUAGAGCAGUCGCAGCCUGAAGGCCUUUCUUCAGACUAUCAUCUCCAGCCCGUGCUUGAGCGUGGUGUUGAGUCAGGGGAAGCGGAGAAGGAUUUUGUUCAGGAGGAGGGAGGUGUUGAAUCACUGGUUCCGGAGCAGGAAGCGUCAACCAAGACUAGGGAGGAUAGUCAGGAUAUUGAAACCGAGAGAGAAGGCGUCGAGGAAAAGGAGGAUGUCCAGGAUCUUGGAUUGGAGAAGGAGACUGAGACUGGAACGACAGAGCCUUCUGCCGCUGUUGAGACGGUCGAUGUCAAUGACUCGGUUGAACAGAAGGAUGAGCUGUCUGCAGCGCUGACUCAAGAACAAUUCGCCGAAGUGAAUGUCGAAGAAGCUCCUGCACCAGCAGAGGAAGAGGCAUGGCAGUCCACUUUGUCGAAGAAGCAAAAGAAGGAGAAAAAGAAGAAGCAGAAGCAACAAAUCCAGAUCGAGGAGGAAACCUCGGCUCCUGAACCCGAAAACUCUGCAUUCGACGAUAAAGAACAGCCUGAAAUCCCGCCUUCCACCGACACUGGAGCCGAGCAAACAGUUCCCGAAGCUGAGAGUGAACCGACCCUCGAGGAGACUCCAGCAGAGCAAGCCAAAGACCUCAACGACGAACCUGCAUCUCAGUCCUUCGAGGCCGAGCCCAGCGAAGAGACGACAAUAUUUGAGACUCCUGCAGUCGAAACCGAAGGCUUCGAAGCGGCACCUCUGUCAAGAAAAAAGAGCAAGAAGGAAAAGAAAAAGCAGCGUCAGGCUUUACUUGCUCAGGAAGCAGACGCCGAGCUCCAGACCGAAGAGCAACCGGUAGCCGAGACUCCUGAGACUUCUGUGCCUGAUACCGACGUCGCAGAGAGUCAACCGACUGUCGACGAGAUAUUGGAAGACCAACCUGUUGUUGGACCUGCCGAUGUCGCUGCCGAGACCGCUGAGGACGGCCACAAAGAUGUCGGUGAGCAGCCAGGACACAUCGCAGAGCAAAAGCCCGCAGAAAACGCUGUUGUGCAAGACGGUUCAGUUGAUCCACCAUCCACAGAAGCCCACACAGAUGAGGCAGAAGAAUCUCUUACCUCCAUCACCCCGGAUUCCACGGCAGACGUUCCACCUGCAGAAACAGCCGCCUCGGAGCAACCCGAGGAUGAGCCUAUGGUGGAACCCGAGGAAGAGUGGCCAGCCUUCACCAGCAAGAAGAGCAAGAAAAACAAAAAGAAGGCGGCGGCGGCCGCCGCCGCCAUUGCUGUCGAAUCUGCUACUCAAGAUGACGAGCCCGUCGAGUCAAUGGAGGAAUCGACCGCUGUUUCCGGACGGCUCGCCGACAAUAUGGCAGAGCAAGCUUUGGAGCAAGAACAGUCUUCCGAGAACCCGGUAGAGCCUCAACCGGAGUCUGUUUCGAAGGAUCUUGAAGACCUGGCAGCACUCUCGACUGGAGAAGCUAACGAGGAGACCAAGACCAGUCUGGAGACCCGCGAACAAGAAGCUCCAGAGCGGGAGCUAACUUCAGAAGAGCCCUCGGAAGAGACCGUACCCGUGGAAUUGCCUACCCGCAAACUAUCCAAGAAGGAGAAGCAGAAGGCAAAGAAACAAGCAAAGCGGAAGUCUACAGGCUUUACUGCUUUCACCGAGGAUCCAUCUGAUCUUCCUGAGCCUGAAACUCCAGAGCCAGCCGCUGCUCCUAAGGAACCUAUCGAAGAAUCUGCACAGGAGCCAGCUCCUGGGGUUGAGCUUAUUACCACGGAAACACCAGCAGAAGUUUUCCCCGAGCCUGAACCUGAGCGCCUGGAAGACGAUUCUCCGCCUACAGUCGAGGAGUCUACUGUUGUACCAGAAGAGACCCAACAGCAAGGCUUCGAAGAAGACCAGACCUAUGUCUCGCUGGAUCCCUUUGACACUCCUCCCUCCCCUCAGGGCGAGGGUCAAGAUCGUGCCAUUGAGAUUCCUGAGCAGGGUGCCAUCGAAGAAACCCAGGACCUGCAACUUACUGCCGAGCAACAAUAUGAGAAGGAUGAAGAGGCUGAAGCUCGACUACGGGGGCAGGCCCUUGAGAAGGCAGCCGAUUUGGAGGUGGCCGAAGACAUGUUCGAAGACCGACCUCGUGAGCUUGAAGUGCCUGCACCUCCUUCAAGAAAACUGUCGAAAAAGGAGAAGAAGAAGCUGAAGAAGAAACUCGUCACGGAGGACAUGCCAGCUCAGGAGUACGAGGAGCCUCCAGCCGACGCACCCGCAAAGCUUGAAACAACAAUUCCGGCGCCAGAACUUCAAGUGGAGCAGCUAGAGUCUACAGAUGAUGCUCAGCCUCCAACGCACCCGGAAUCUGCAACGGAGCCAAUUGAUCCAGAGCCGACAGCGACUGUUGCUGAGCCUGUUCAAGACGAAUGGGAGGUGCCGCUUUCCCGGAAGGCAUCGAAGAAGCAGGCUAAAAAGGCCAAGAAAGCAGCCCAAGUCUUGGAAUGGGAGCCGCCAGUCGAUAGAGAAGUGAGCGAGCCGACAACUACCGUGCCUGUCGAAGAAGAGAACGCUUCCAUUGCGCAAGAGAUGAGGCAAGCGGAAGAAACGCGUGCGGAUGAAGAUGAUUGGCCUACGAUUGAGUGGGAGAAGGGCAAUGUUGAAAACUCGGCGCAAUCACCGGAUCAGCCUCCUGAAUUUGAGCCGGUGACGCUUACCCGGGAUGUGGAGAUGAUUGGAGAGUUUGAUGAAGCUACGAUCCCGGCCGCUGUGAAGGAGACUGAGGAAGAACCAGAGGAUAGUUCUAAGGCAGAGGCUUGGUCGAUGCCUCUGAGCAAGAAGGACAAGAAGAAGGCGAAGAAGAACAAACGCAAGUCACAACAGCAAGAAGCCAUUGACGAAGGACCCGAGCAAACGGUUGCCGAGUCCAUUCCGGAGCCUGCUCCGGAAGCAACAAAAUCCAAGGACAUCGAGCUCGAAGCACCCGCGAGAUCGACGGCUGCUAAGGGAAGCAAGCUUGCCAACCUCUUCCCAGGCUUGGAGCGCGGUGGCUUUCGGCGACCCUUGCUGGCAACCUCAUCCGGACCGCUAACAGAUGAUACUCCGGUAGAGACUUCAGCGGACCCGGAAGGCAGCCGUGAGAUUUCCAUGCCCACCCUGGAAAAAUCCCUCGCGGUCUCUAAAUCCAAAGACAAUAUCAACAUUCUCAGCGACGAACCGCCAUCCAGCGAUGAACGAGGGCUGGAGUUUGAGCCUACGACUCCAACGGAGCAACCUACGACUGCUACGGAGGAAGAUUCACCUACUGACCCAGAUCUCCCGUCUUUUGCGAGAACUCUAGCCGCAUCAUCGCCGCCGCCUGCUCCUCAAUCAGCCACCAAGGAGCGAUCGUCACUGCUUUUCAGCUCCUCUCCUUCUACUCGGACGGAGGUCGACUCGGCAUCGCCCAGACAUUCCCUGCCAUCUCAAGCACAUUUGGCGACCGACGAUUCGCAUUGUGGAAUUCGCCGAACUCCAUCUGUCAUCCAUGGGCGGCACCAGCACACUCCCCGGACAUGGAGCCUGGAGGAGGCAGCGCUGCAAGCUGAGCGAAACCCGUCACCGCCGCGGUCUCUGUUCGGAGGCCCGAUCGAUGCUGAGCGGCCCCGGACCCCGCUGGAUCCCAUCGCGGAACAAGACCCAGCUGACAGCGGGCACGCAACCACGGGCACUCGCCGGACGCCCCGUCUGGAGAUCAAGCCUGAACAUGUCCUGCCGCGACCACAGACUCCCGUGCGUCAAUUUACAGACACUGCGCACGGCCGAGAGAGAUGGCCGACGCCGGAGCACGACAAGAAGCAAAAACAUAAGAGCUCCGAAUUGCAGCAGCCAGAGCUGCGACCCAGCGGUAGCAACAGGAGCCUGCGCCACACCCACAGCAAGGGCGCUAGUCGGGCGCUAGACUCCCAGCCUCCUCCCGAUCUCGAUCCCGACGCUCUUCCUUCUUCUUCCUCUUACGAUCCCGUCAACGACAAGGGCAAGCGUCCCCUGCGCACCAUGACCGAUGUCUAUGGAUGGGGCGAAACCCCUAGCUCCCCACGGUCGCCCAGCCGACCGCCCAGUGUCCACCGCCGCCGCAGCAUGCAACACCUCCAAACCCUCGAAUCCCGCCUCGACCAGCUCAUCUCUGAGAACCGUCUGCUCAUCGCCGCCCGCGAUGAAGCCGAGGAUCGGCUGCGCAAUGCCAGCGUCGCUCGGCGCAAGAGCGACCAGGCUCUCAACAAUCGCGGAGCCGACCUGCGCGACAAGGAGGCCGAAGUCGAGCAACUCAAGACCUCGGUGGAGUGGCUGCAGAGGGAAAUGUCCCGCCUGACCCAGGAGAACGAGGGCUUGACAGCCUCCAAUGCCGCCCUCGCCGCCGCCCAUGCCGAGGAAGUCAACACAGUCCGCGAGUCGUCGACGCGCGAAUUGGACGAUCUCCGAUCGCAACACAACGAUCUCUCCUCACAGAUGGACGACCGAGUCCGGCAGGAGAUUGAAUCGGCCCUCGCACAAAAAGAUGCUGAAUUGCGACGACUGCGCGAAGAAUUGGAAGAGACUCGCGAUAAGGUGAAGGAACUACAGCAACAAAUCGCUGCGUCGUUGAAUGACAACGCCCUCGUCUUCCGUGACGAGGACUACUUUGACGCUGCGUGCCAGAAGCUGUGUGGCCAUGUGCAACAAUGGGUGCUGCGCUUCUCCAAACACUCCGACCACCGUCGCUGCCGCACUCUCGCCGAACUAAACGAUGAGAAGAUCGCCGACCGGUUUGACAACGCCCUUCUCGAUGGCUCCGACGCCGAUGCCUACCUGUCGGACCGCGUUCGUCGCCGCGACAUCUUCAUGUCGGUGAUCAUGACCAUGGUGUGGGAGUAUGUCUUCACCCGGUACUUGUUUGGCAUGGACCGGGAACAGCGCCAGAAGCUGAAGUCGUUGGAAAAACAACUCGUGGAAGUUGGACCGCGUCGUGCCGUCCAUCGUUGGCGCGCCACUACCCUGACGCUCCUCUCCCGACGCCCGGCCUUUGCGACCCAACGCGAAAAUGACACCGAGGCCGUCGUCCUCGAGAUCUUUGGCACCCUGGCGCGUGUCCUGCCGCCCCCGUCACACGCCGAGUCGCAACUGCUGGAGUCUCUUCGCAAGGUGCUCCGGGUCGCCGUCAACCUCUCUCUGGAGAUGCGCACCCAGCUGGCGGAAUUCAUUAUGCUGCCGCCGCUCCAACCAGAGUACGAUACCAAUGGUGAUCUGGCACGGCAGGUUUAUUUCAAUGCGUCGCUGAUGAACGAACGCAGCGGCCAGACCACCUCCAAUGAAGAUCUGGAGAACCAGCAAGCUGUCGUGCGCAUUGUGCUCUUCCCUCUCGUGGUCAAAAAGGGCAACGACGUCGGUGAGGGCGACGAUGAGGUCGUCGUCUGUCCGGCCCAAGUCCUGGUGGCCCGCCCUGGCAAGGACAAGAAAGUGGCGCGCAUGCUCAGCGGAGAUCGCAUGUCCAUGGAUGCCUCCAAGUCUGUCUACAGCGUCGCACCGUCGAUGAUGGACACGAGCAAUAUGAUCUGA